GCGUGAGGCGUGGGAGGAAGGUUGCGCUCUCGCGAGAACUCUUCCUUUCGGCCCUUUACCUGAUCAGGCCGGUCUGUCUCCGAGGAAGCUUCCACUCCGAUCGCCGGGCGCGGCGCUUCGAGCUGAGAACGUGUGGAGAAGAAAUGUCUCAAGGAACAGUGAGCAGAAUGAGUACCUCACAGGACCAGAGUGGCUGCGCCAGUACCAGAGAACCCCUUUUGAGGUGUUGUGAUGCACGGAGGGACUUGGAGCUUGCUAUUGGUGGAGUUCUCCGAGCUGAACAGCAAAUUAAAGAUAACUUGCAAGAGGUCAAAGCCCAGAUUCACAGCUGCAUAAGCCGUCACCUGGAAUGCCUUCGAAGCCGUGAGGUGUGGCUGUAUGAGCAGGUAGAUCUCAUCUAUCAGCUUAAAGAGGAGACACUUCAGCAGCAGACCCAACAGCUCUACUGGUUACUGGGCCAGUUCAAUUGUCUUAUUCAUCAACUGGAGUGCACCCAAAACAAAGAUCUAGCCAAUCAAGUCUCUGUGUGCCUGGAGAGACUGGGCAAUUUGACCCUCAAACCCGAAGAUUCAACCGUCCUGCUCUUUGAAGCAGACACAACUGCUCUGCGCCAGGCCAUCACCACGUUUGGAUCCCUCAAGACCAUCCAAAUUCCUGAGCACCUGAUUGCUCAUGCUAAUUCAUCAAAUAUUGGGCCUUUCCUGGAGAAAAGAGGUUAUAUCCCAUUGCCAGAACAGCAGAAGUCAGCAUCCAGCACCACAGCUGUCUCUCUCAGCGAAUGGCUCCUUGGAAGCAAACCUGCCAGUGGUCAUCAGGCUCCUUACAUCCCCAGCACCAACCUCCAGGACUGGCUCACCCAAAAGCCGACCUUGGAGAAUAGUCAGACUUCUGCCAGAGCCUGCAAUUUCUUCAGUAAUGUCUGGGGCAACCUAAAGGGUUUAGAAAACUGGCUCUACAAGAGUCAGCAACAAGAGGUUCCUGAAAAACCAACUUACCAAAAGUGUAACAGCCAUUCUUCUAUCAGUUCUUACGCUGUUGAAAUUGAAAAGGCUGGAGACCUGGACCUUCUUGAUCAAGAUGAGAUGGACCUUUCUGAUUGGCUGGUGACUGCUCAGGAAUCCCAGAAGCUGGAGAAGCCUGGGAAGGGUAGCUGUGAAACCAGUGAGAAGUGGAAGCUCCUGUUGCAGGUGUUCCAGGAGCCCUAUAGUGUGAAUGAUUGGCUUGUCAAGCCCGAUUCCUGUACCAAUUGUCGGGGCAACCAGCCCAAGGGUGUGGAGAUUGAAAACCUGGGCAAUCUGAAGUGCCUGAAUGACCACUUAGAGGCCAAGAAACCCUUGUCCACUCCCAGCCUGAUGACUGAGGAUUGGCUUGUCCAGAACCCUCAGGACCCAUAUAAAGUAGAGGAAGUAUGCAAAGCCAACGAGCCCUGUACAAGCUUUGCAGAGUGUGUGUGUGAUGAGAACUGUGAGAAGGAAGCUCUGUGUAAAUGGCUUCUGAAGAAAGAAGGAAAAGACAAAAAUGGUAUGCCUGUGGAACCAAAUCCUGAGCCUGAGAAGUGUAUAGAUUCCCUGAGUGUGUGGCUUUGUCCUUCCAGAAAAGAGGCAACGCAACAAGCUAAGAUGUCAAAGGCAGUGGCUCCUUCUAGAAUUGCGGAUUCCUUCCAAGUCAUAAGGAACAGUCCUUUGUCAGAGUGGCUCAUCACACCCUCAUACAAAGAAGGUUGUCUCAAAGAAGUGCCGAGUACUGAAGACAGAGCUGGCAAGCAAAAGCUUACGAACCCCGCGGCCACUUCCUGGUGUCCCUUUAACACAGCUGACUGGGUCUUGCCAGGAAAGAAAAUGGGAAACCUCAGCCACUUAUCCUCAGGAGAGGACAAGUGGCUACUUCGAAAGAAGGCCAAGGAAGUAUUACUGAACUCACCGCUACAGGAGGAACGUAACUUUCGCCAAGACCGUUAUGGCCUCCCAGCAGUUUGUGACCUCUUUGCCUGUAUGCAGCUUCAAGUUGACAAAGAAAAGUGGUUGUAUCGAACGCCUCUGCAGGUGCGUGCAGGCCACUAGCCUAGCAAAAUCAGAUUUUAGCUGUUUGUGUUUCGUCUUCAGUAUGAAUUCACACUUUGCCCACCGAUCUGUGUUCCUGUUAAUGGUGUGUGUGCUAGGCAAGUGAGCAUGGCUGGGGGGAUCAUAGCCGUUUCAGGUAUUUCACUUGAACUUACUUUAUGAAAUAACUAGGACAUACUUGAAAGUGACCUUUCAAGAUGAUUUAGCUGUCGGGGGAAUUGUCAGAGCCCGUGUGGAUUUUAGUAGCUUAUUGAGAAAUGAGUCAGAGCUCUAAGGGGGUGGGGGGAGAGAUCUGCUUUUAUCCUAUAGUGAAGUGACACUAAUCUUUGGGCUUUUCUUCAUAGAUGUGAAGGAGUGGAACACGAGUCAAGCAACUUUUCUGCAAAUUACCACACCUCCAUGGGCCGAGUGACUGUGCGGCUUGCCAAAUCAUAGUGUUUCUCCAGUCAGCUUAGUUCCUUUUCCUACCUAAUUUUGAGCUAGUGAAGAGAAAUAAGUCAUCAAAUUAUGAGUUACAAUGUAAAGGAAAAAGGCUGUUUGUUGAUGCUGAGGUGAUUCAGUUCCUUCUUACAGAAGUAUUAACUCAGCCCUACACUAGAAACACAGCAUCUUGGUGGAUAGGUCUUUUUCAUAAGCCUCUACAGCUCCUUAGAUUGGAUUAUUACUAGAAGUACAUUAAAACACUGUAGUUUUAAAAAUGAAAUAGUUCUAUAAUCAAGGUGUGAUGUAUUCAAAAGCUAGUACGCUUCCCUAACCUUUUGAUUGUCCUCCUUUAGAUGCUUCCCUUGCUGUGGGUUUUCUUCCAUUGGUGGUGGAAAUGAUUCUUCUGUUUAAUAUAUAGUGUAUUUCACACAAAUAGUUAACUUUGCCAAUAUAUUUUUUUCCUUACCAAAAUGUGUAUUAACAAUCUUGGCAAUUUCGGACAUUAAUUACAUUUGAACCUACAUGUCAGAUUCUACAUUAUUUUUCUUCUUUUAAAAGAGAUUCAGCUACUGCAAAUUUUGUUUUUCCCUUUUCUAAGUGUUAUUAUUAAAGUAUCUAGUGAGCUUUUAGAAGAGCUCCAUAUUGCUUCAAGACUAUGUUCAAGGUAGUCCUAGCUGCUUUCAAAAUAUUCUGAACUACAGGUCAAAGAGCCCUAGUGCUGACUAAUCAAUCAAAGAGCAAAAGGCAAGACAUGUUGGAAACGUAGUACUUGAACUAUUUGCUAUCUUAAGGGUUAUUGGUGCAUCCUGUGUAAAGGGAAGCUGAGCUUGACACCUGGUGCUUUUAACUAGGGUAUAUUAAAUGUCCUCUCACUGCAAGCAUAGCAUACCUAUACCUCUGAAAGUAGAAUGCAGUGACAUUUUAGUGAACAGGCCGUUUUGAACACUUGUGCCUUGGGGUGUUUACUGAAGCUUUAUGAAAACUUGAUGUUUUCUCAGUAUCCUUAAAAGUCACGUCCAUGCUUUAAAAGGUUUCUCUGUAGGAAAUGCGAUUUAUAAUGUUUUUAAAUUCUCUAAGGUAAGAUACCGUAGCUGCUUUCUAGGCUUUUAAACUAUUAAGCCACUCAGCUUGCCUGUAUGUUAUUGUUCAUACUUUUCAAGUUUGUGAUAUGGUCAUCUAAAAACCCUUUUGUGCAAACUUCACAGUCCCACAGUCCUUGCCAUACAGUUUCAUUAGACUUCUUGACCACAGCUAAAAAGAGCCUCUUAUUUUUUUGGCUCCCCGCCGCCGCCCCAAUACCACUUAGAACUUUAAUAAAGGUGGCAGGUAAAAACUUAAGGAGCCUUUUCCAUUAUCUUAGGUUGCAGGAAAACUUUGUAGUUUUUGAGGUUUAAGGAUGUAUUCCUAACUUUACACUCACCACCAUGCUAAUGAGUAUGUAAAACAUUCUUCUGCAUUGAUGCAUUUUGUACCCACUCCAUUAAAAGCAUUAACAGCCA